AUUCUUGUACAACAAGUUUCAACAAGACUUCUAUCUUUCAUGGCAGACUACGAAAGUAUAACUGACGUGACUGGAAACAUGUCAACAGAGGGCCCGACAACUUUGUGUGACAAGAAUCUUCAAGAGGCCGUGGAGGCUCUGGCAGAAAGAGAAGGUGAAGUUGCCAAACUCCAUCAGCAAAUCAAAGAAAUACUGCUCAUCAACCACAAGUGGGACGAGGAGUAUAAUGAUUUGAAGAGACUCUAUGAGUCUUGCAUCAAGGAACAGGGCCAGUCCUCUUCUGCCUCACAGAAAAAAGACAAGACAAUGGCCGAGGGUCUUGAAAGAGGGAAAGAAGAGCUGAUUGAGCAGCUUGAGCACUUAAAAUUAGAGAAGGAGAAAAUUGAGAGAAAAUAUUCAGAUCUUAAGUUUAAGUAUGAUCAUAUGAAAUCUCAGCGGAAUGAUUUACUGAAGACACAGGCUAAAGCUCUUUCAGUAGCUCCUCCUCCGUCUUCUGCUAGAGUGGCUCAGAUGAAAGAGGAAAUUGAUCUAUUGAAGAGUCAAGUUCAAGCAUUCAAAGAAGACUAUGAAGCUGAAAAAAGAGAUAGGGAGAGACUGGCUAGUGAGAAAGAGACAGAAAGGCUUCGAUAUGAAGCUGAAAUAGUCUCCAUGAAAAUACAGUUGGAUCGAUCCACUAGCGAACUGGUACAUUAUAAAAAUGAAGCCAAGAGACUAGGCCAGCAGUUGAGGCUAAAGCAGCAACGAGAAGAGGAACAAUUUCGAAGACAUUUAGAAAGCCAGGGCUACUCGGCUCGUAAGACUCUACCUCCCCUUGACCCGUUUGUUGAGAAAGACGUCUACCCUUUAUACUAUUCGCAAAGCACUCCCUCCAUUCCACCAUCAUCCCUUCCCUCUCCCACAUCUGCCACGCCUCCAACAAGACGUCUCUCGCUUGGCUACCAGACCCACAUGAGCGAGGUGACACGCCCACUUUACGAAGGGGAGCCUCAAACAAGGAGGAGGAGCAUACCAUUUUAUAACCACGCCUAUCAAAAAAACCCGUCAAAUACCAGCAAUAACUAUCACACGCAAGUACCAGAGGAUCAUCCCCCACGGAGUGUAUCGCCUCAGAUUCAUCGAGUUGGUCAUUUGAGGCUUUACAGUCGUGAGAGUGAUCCUAACAUGGCUGACGUUAGCGGUGGUGAGACUGAAGCUCCUUCACUUCUCUCUCCUUGUAAUGAUUUGAACACUUCGUAUGAGCAAGCUGUGCAAAGGAGGGUCGAGUUAGACUUGAAGUCCUCUUCUCUCUCUAGGGGGAACGUUAAUAAUCACGGGUCUUUCCUCAGUAAUGGUGGGCUGGGAAGUGAGGAAAAUGUUUCUGUCUCUUCAGAUUUCAAUGCAAAAGAAUCAGCUUCUCAUCACUCGUCGUCUAUAUAAAGUUUAAUCAAUAUUACUAUAGUUAUCUCUAUUAUUUAUUCUUAUUUACUUGUUUAUCCCUUGUGUUCUUGAUUAUGAAUAUUUAUAAUGCUUAUGUAUUUGUGUUUUGAGCAUUUAAAAUGAUAUGGCAUUUUCCAUUAA